AUGGCCGGUUUCUUGGACCCACGGCAGGCUUCACAAGGGAAGACGAGACAUGGAGAUGGCCAUGGUGCGGACGUUAUUGACCAUCCUUCUGCGGAGGAAUGGAACAAUAAACCACCAUCACCGUUCCUCAGCCCGAGUGCCUUUCGGUCACUCUCCGCCAGCCCCGUUUCCGAGUAUGGCCGACGCUCGCCAAGCCAUUCGAGAGGGUUCUCACCAACCCCUUAUACUCAUCACCCGCAGCGGAGGGCAACAAUAUCGGAGACGCUGAGCCGCUUCUGGGGCAGAAACCGAGGUGUGGUUCUGGUAGCUGUUGCGCAGCUCUUUGGAGCUUUGAUGAAUCUAUCAGCGAGGCUUCUGGAGCUAGAAUCGGAAAUGCACCCGUUUCAAAUUCUUUUUGCUCGUAUGAGCAUAACGACGGUCCUGUCUUGUUUGUACAUGUGGUGGAUGCAGGUGCCUGAUUUCCCCCUCGGCGCGAAGGGGAUUAGAACGGUAUUGGUUAUCCGAGGCGUCUCUGGAUUCUUUGGUAUAUACGGAAUGUGGUUCUCCAUGAUGUACCUCCCGCUAGCCGAAGCCACGGUCAUCACCUUUCUCGCGCCGAUGCUUGCUGGAUACAUAUGCCACAUCCUCAUGAAAGACCCCUUCACUCGCAAAGAGCAACUCGCUUCUCUCAUCGCCCUAGCCGGCGUAGUCCUCAUUGCGAGGCCAACCUCCCUCUUCAACGCCACCGCCGACCCCACCGACCCUGAGACCCAUCCCACCGCCCCAACCAACACCACCACAACAGCCUCGCCCCCCACCGCGGGCGAAGAUGCCACCCCAGCACAACGCCUCAUCGCCAUCCUAGUCGCCCUCCUCGGCGUCCUGGGCGCGGCCGGCGCCUACACGACGAUCCGGUACAUCGGCACGCGCGCGCACGCCCUCAUCACCGUGACCUACUUUUCCGUGUGGAGCACGCUGGUGAGCACGGCCGCCCUCGCGCUCUGCCCCCUGCUGGGCAUCGGACAGGCCGCGCCGCCCGUCAUCAGCUUCCGCGGCCUGCUGCCCCCGACGGCGUACGAGUGGUUCCUGCUGCUGUCGCUGGGCGUGUGCGGGUUUGUGAUGCAGUUCAUGAUGACGGCGGGGAUUGGCGGGGAGAAGUCGAACCGCGCGACGGCCAUGGUGUAUACGCAUAUGUUGUUCGCGGCGGGGUUUGAUAAGUGGGUUUUUGGGCAUGAGAUGGGGGUGGUGAGCUUGUUGGGGUGUGGGUUGAUUGUGGGGAGCGCGUUGUGGGCGGCGCUGGGGAAGAAGAAGGGAGAGGGGGAGGCGAGGAAGGAGGGGGAUGUGGAAGGGGUACCGAUGUUGGAGAGGAGUGGGGGGGAUGAGGAAGGGGACGAGUUGGAAGAGAGGGCGGCUGUGGCUGGGAGGUGA